AGAGAUGGCUCAGAAUGUGAUGGGAAACUCACAAUUCUUGCUGCUGAGGCUUUCGUUGAUGGUGCUUCUGGUGUACUCACAGCCUCCUCCGGGUUUCAAUUGGGCUCAGUGGUUCAAUGAGCAACAUGUGCAAUACCCCAAGAGCAAUGCUCCCAAUGACAAUCAGUAUUGUAAUGCAGAGAUGUACCGGGUGAAUAACCACACCAAUGUAUGCAAAGCCUUUAACAGCUUUCUGCACAACCAGACACAGAAUAUCAUCAAUGUUUGCUUGAAUCCCAACACCCCCUGUAAGAAUAGUAGGACAAACUGCCAUAAUAGUACAUUCAGAAAUGACAUCACUGAGUGCACAUUGACCAGAGGCCAAUUUCCUAACUGCCAGUACAGAGGCAGGGCUGUAAUGAAGUACUUCGUUAUUGCCUGUAAUAGCAUUGUGCCACGUGGUCCAUUGCUUCCUGUGCAUUUAGAUAAUACCUUUUAGGGCCCAGGCCAGGUAUUUCUCCUCUCACUCCCUUGACUCCUGACUUCCCGCUAUUUUGCCCUUCUACUUCAAGUCUC